GGGGCUCGUUCCCUGCCCCCUUUUACGUGAUCCGCUGCUCUGAGAAAAUGACACUCGAUCGGCUCGCGCAACUAUGAAGUCUGAAGAAGUUGACAACAUCGAAGAAUUAAAUAAUUUACCUGUCGAUUCUGUUCGGAUUGCGCCUUAUUUGUCAGAACUGAAGCAAAAAGCAGAAGCAGAAAGAAGUAUUCGACAUUUGGAUUUGUCGAAAACAUUCUUGAUACGGUUCUUGCAGGCGAGAGACUUUGAUGUGGCACUGGCGUUCAAGCUGUUGAUUAACUAUCAUAAAUGGAGACAAGAAUGUCCAGAAAUAACAGCUGAUCUGCGGCCAUCAUCCGUUAUAGGACUUCUCCGAAACAAUUACCAUGGAGUUUUGAGAUCACGAGAUGAUGCUGGAAGCCGAGUUUUAAUCUAUCGGAUUGGUCAGUGGAACCCCAAAGAAUUCACAGCUUACGAGGUUUUUCGUGUGAGCCUCAUUACGUCCGAGUUGAUUGUUCGAGAGUGGGAGACUCAAAGAAAUGGACUCAAAGUGAUUUUUGAUCUCCAAGACUGGUGCUUUGCUCAUGCCAUACAGAUAAAUCCUUCCUUGGCAAAAAAGAUAUCUGCUGUACUCACGGAUUCCUUUCCUUUGAAAGUACGCGGCAUCCAUUUGAUAAACGAGCCCAUUUUUUUCCGUCCCGUCUUUGCCAUGAUCCGCCCAUUUCUUCCAGACAAAAUCAAACAACGGAUUCAUAUGCAUGGCUGUUCAUAUGUCCGAAGUCUCUGCAGUUACUUUCCGAAGGCUAUCCUCCCUCCUAUUUAUGGAGGAACGGGACCCAGCAUAGAUGAAGUGUGUCAAGAGUGGACUGAGUUCAUCAUGCAGUCUGAAGACUAUCUCUAUAGACUCUCUAUACACUUAGGUGGAGGAGAUGCUUCUCAAUCCUCCGCCUAUGACUGAUUAAAAUGAAGGUACUCUUUGUGUUCUGCUGUGGCAGGUUACAUACUUUGUAUGAAAUUAAGGAUAAUGUGCUGACAUAAAUUGUAAAGCAUAUUAGUCUAAACUUUUACUUAAUAAGAUUUUUUUCCUUUACUUUUUUCAUUCCAGACUGGAAAAAGUUGACAUUCCCAGUUGUCACAUUUCGAUAAUGUGAUUUUAUUGAAUUCUAUAUCUCACAGAUAUCCAUUGCUAGUAAUUGAUAUACCUCUGAAUAUGCAAUAUAGCAUUAGAUAUCAGAUGUUUGUUGCUUUUAGAAGAAGGAUUUCGUAGUCACUUUAAAAUAACACAACUAGUGUAAAAUGUAUGUAUCUGAAAAAUCAAAGUGCCUUUGUUACUUUUACUUGUGAAUUGUCAUUGUUUUUUAUUGUAUUAUUUUCUUAACAAUUGACAUAACUCAGGAUGUUACAUAAGUCUCUGUGUUUCUGGAAGUUACAUAUCAAGUUAAAAUGAACUGUUUCAUUAUAAUACAGCUCUUAAAAGUCAAAUGAUCUGUAAACUGCAGCAUUCAGUAACCUUUGCUGUAUUUUAUUUAGUCACUCUUAGUGAGAUUAUAAAGAGGCACUUUGGUCUACUGCCUUUUGCUCUGACUCUUAAAACAAAUAUAACCAGAGUCUAAUGACCUUACUAGAGCACUUCAUGUUUACAGAUUUCCUUAAAUGUGAUUUUCUGAAACCAUGUAUAUACCUCUUGUUCUGUUUAUUGCACCUUUUCUGUCAGACAGUGCAUCUAAUGACAGAAGAAAAUCACUGUUUUACAUUAGUGGCUCAUUAUUUAAUUGUGUUGUCAUCACUUGUUAUCCAAAUACAAUUAUUAUUUUUUUUUUUCAACUUUAAUGUACAUUACCAUAAUGAUAGAAAAGAUCCACACAGACACAUUAAUACACUGUUAAUACACAAUUUGCAACUCAAAUAAACGUGGAAACCGGACAAUCGCAAAGGUCAUUGUGUGAAGAAGUUUCCAACUGAUUUUUGCAAUCUUCAGCAUUAAGCUACCAAAUAAAAUUGCUCCAGGCUGUGUACUACA